UACCCCUACUUUUAAAUGAGAGGCAAGUUCACGUUCACAGUAGGGUGACUAUCGUAGUUUGUACGAAAAGAAUAAGAAAGCAGUGAUUGUAAUGGCAACACUUCUGAAAAAUACCACUAGGUCUUCGACGUCAAAUCUUAUAAAAAUGUAAUUUUAUAUUUUAUUCACUCUAAAUCCAGGUAUAUUUGUAGCAAUUCUUUUAUUCUCAUUUUAUUACAUAAUGAUUGUUUCAAAUCAAUUAUUCAUCUAAUAAAUGUAUACGAAGCGUGAUUAAUUUAAUAUAGCCACAAUUCAAAGGGUUUAAUACGAGUUAAGCGUCUAGUUGGCAAUGGAAAUGAAUGAAAGGAAUCAAAGGUACGAAGUGAAAACAUGGACAUCAGAUAUUGUUAUUGUUUGGAUGCUAAUUAUUUGCUGACAAGGCCGACCACCGAUGAAUCGUAGUGAUCGGUGGGCCAGGUUUAUAACAUCCAAGAUUUAUAUCUAAGUGAUGAGCGAGACUCGGCACCAUCUUCGCUCCGUUUCGGAUUUAUACGCGGCUGAUGAAAUAGAAGUAUUGCUUCUAGAGGAAAUACGAGACUUAGAACCACCACCAUCAGCUUAUUCACGACCUGAGGAUAUACAAGACUUCGAAAUUGCAGGAAGUAGGACAGGGGGAGCGAUCAGCUCCCAAUCAUCUGAGUUGGAUUCACCUGGAGUCCACUCAACUGUUCACUCGUGGGACUCCCACGCUAAUUACCAUGGCCCUUAUGGAAUACAUGGACAUGGAUCUUCCUCAAAUGCUCUGCCAUGGCUUGGUUCUAACCAUUUGGUUCUUUACUGCGAUAUACAGGGUCAUCUUAAGACGUCCACAGGUGUCAUCAGGCUUUUACUACUCAUAACAUCAGUAGCAUGCCUAGCAACUCUCUGUAGCUCCGGUACUGCCAAUGUCAGCCUCUUUAUGCUGCCUCUUGUCGGACGGUUGAGAUUUAUUAUCUUCGUAGCAGUUUUUUGCUUACUGGUUACAACAGUACUCCUCUUCCUUGAUAUCUCACAUAUUAUAUAUAUGUUUCCCUUCAAUUGGGCUAAGUUGAAUUUUUGGUUAUUCACCAGUAUUGGAGUAUCGUAUAUUAUAGGAUGUGGUUUACUAGGUUUGUCGAUAUGGGAAUAUCAUUUAAGUGGUUGGGUACCUCGUCGCACUCGUUCUCAACUCACAGCAGCUGCUGGAUUAGCUCUAUCAUGUGGAUUUAUUGCUUUUACUCUUUCGUGGCUACACGGGCGUAUGGGCAUCAAUUGUAAGCCUUCAUCUUCACACGAAAAUUCUCAAAGUCAACUUUAUAAACCUGUUGAAUCCUCUUCUUCAGGCCUAAUUUCAAAAGAAAAAUGUUCAAAACAACCACCAGCAUGGAUCGUUAAAAAUCAACGCUCUAAAAGGAAUGCUGACAGUGAAUCGAACGCAACGAGUAAAGGCAAUGGCAAUUGCGAUGAAUAUAAACGUGGAAUAAGUAGAAAAGAUCAUUGGGCAUCAGCAAGACAACAUUUUUUGCCACAAGAUGAGGACGAAAUUCAAAUUCAAUCUCAAAGUCAAACUCGAAUAAUACAACGAGACGAAAGUGAUCUUGAACGUAAGCGUCGAAGAAGACGAGAUGGUAGUGGUUCAAGUGGUCAUAAUAGUGAAAAUAAACCACGAAGAGUACCACAGAAAUUACCUCUGCAAACAAUUGAGAGACCACAACCACGUAAAAAUAAUGUAAAAACUUCUGGAAAGACAUCGAAAACCAGUACUAAUAGUGAUCUUCAGAGUUAUGUUGCCGCGACUGUAAAAGCGUGGGAGCUUGAAGCUGCUAAAGAUUCAGAACAGGCUAAAUCAAUGAAAAUUUCAUUACUCGAAGCUUCCAUGUGGUCAGAACAGUGGCAACAACCACCUGAUAAUGUUCAACCUUGCUCUAGUAAAGCUAUUGACCCUUAUUCAUUUGCUUAGUACUCAUCAAAGUAAAUAUAAUUGAAUUUCGAAUUAACUGCCAAAUAUAUAUACAUAUAUAUUUGAGAGUUGACUGUAUCGAAAUUUAUAACUUUUUGCUAUAAAAAUUUUUAAAAACGAAAGUUAUUGAUUUCAAUACAUGUCAACGUUUUGAGUUCUAAGUAAUCGUAUCCGACCAUUUUCGAGUGAACGUGGAAAUGUAUGAAUGUAAGCAAAAUUUUAUCGUACAAUAUUUUUUGGGUGGAUCAAUAAAUGUGAAUGGUUUUGGUGGUGAUCCGAAGAGUUUAUCAGGAUUUAAUUCUAUUAAAUUUUGAGAUCAAUUAGACCGAUAUUAGCAAAUCACAUUUUUUUUUGCAGCUUCCUUUUUUUAAGAGGUAUCGGAAUAUCUCGAUUGAUCUAAAAAUAUUGCUCAAUAUUAGUGACAUUGGAUUUUUUUGAUUGCCGCGAAAAUCAUUUUAAUCGGUUAAUUCAUUUAUUAGACUAUAAUAUUUAUCAUAACAAAAAGUUGGUUAAAACUUGAUUUAAUUGAACAAUUUUUAUUAAUUAUUAUAAAAAACAAUUAAUUCCUUAUAAAAACGUUCAAAUACGCUAUGAACUUAAGUCAACUGUUCAAAUGUACAGGUAUUUAAAUUUGUAUUUAUAUGAGAUAGAUUAA